AUGUCGAAGAAGAAAGUUAGCGGCAACACCAUGACGCUCAAGGACUUCCAUGGAGGUUCUAUACCCUCUGAUCUAGCUCUACCUUCUGCUCCCGGCGUGACUGUGAGGGCUUCAGAUCGUUCUGGUUUUGAUCGGCCUGCGGCCUGGGGGACACCGAUGGGGCGGUCGGAUCAUUGGUCUCGGCCGCACACAUCACCAGCGACUAGGCAUUACGAUGAUAAAAGCCCGUUUUUGUCACACACUGCUCCAAUUGGCAGGAAUUUUGAUGAGGAUGAGAGGAAGCCCCUGGAUGGUGUUUCGGUGCCACGGAGGACAAUCAGUGAUGAGAGCAUUCGUGGCGGUCCGCCUGCUCGUGUGGAGGUGAGGCCGGAAUAUGGACUGGGAGGGAGUUCAUUGGGCAGGCAAGUGGCUCCAGUGUCUCAAAGUCAUGUUAGGAUGGGUCAUUCAUACUCGGCAAGGCUUACCGAUGCUGUGCACGUGGGGAUGAAUCCUCAGAGUUUAGGAGGUAGUAAGGAGCAGGGAACUGCAGGUGGUGGUGGUGGUUAUCCGAAUGCGUGGUCAAUGAGAAAAGAAGUGGCAAGUGCUGUUGAGCCGGAGCAACCGUCAUGGUCUAGUGCUAGUGCUGCCUCCAAGUUGGCUCAUGCGAGUGCUCUUGAGAAGGUGUCUUCUGGUAGAUGGCAGUCAAAGGCUGUACAUUAUCAGACUGAUGCUGAGAUUGUUAGAUCUCCUGAAGUGGAGAAUAGACCACGUGUUAAUGGCGUUGGUGCCUAUAAUAGAAUGGAUGCAGUUGGUGAGAAGGAGUAUUAUGAUGCUAUGCUGGCAAUGCAUGCCGAAAGGAGCUUAGGCAUUGAUAAUCAGAUGCAAGGUGGUAGGAAUGAGUUACUAAAUUAUGAAAGGUCUGGGGUUUCCAGGUAUUCAGAUGUACGACCUACAAGUGCACCUUAUCACUCUGAUGGGGUUCAGCUGGCUCGAAAUGAUGGCAAAAUUGUUGGGUCUGAUAUGCAGCACCCUAUGCCUUCUGAACCAACUGAGCGACCUAAACUGAAGUUGCUACCAAGGUUAAAGCCACUGGAUAGUUCAGAACAUGCUGUUAUGGAAUAUGAACAGGUUAAUCGUCAGGUUAAUGAUUCUGGUCAUGUUGAAACCGCUUAUCAGGCACAUGGCCAUGCCAAUUUCGUGAAGCCUGUAUCAGCUGGGUCCGACAGUGGUAAGGAGGCAGGACAGCGCCCAAAGCUGAAUUUGAAGCCUCGAUCUCAUCCAGUUGAACAGUUGGAUGGUAACAGUGAAAGAGACAGGAAUGCUUUAUUUGGUGGAGCUCGCCCACGAGAACUAGUGUUGAAGGAGCGAGGGAUUGAUGAUGUGUCAAUCAACAAUUAUGAUGUGGUCGAGCAUUCAAAUAGGGUUGAAAACAAUAUUUUGAGGGCAGAGAAACAUCAUCCUGAACAUUCAAGCCAGACCCGAUACACUGAAAAGGCUGAGGAAGCUCCUCUCGAUCAAAGGACAGGCAGAAAAGCUGAAAGGAAGGAGCAAAGGGUAGAUGGUGAAAGGGUUCAUGCACAGAGGAGAAAUUGGCGGGGUGAUACCCGGAGAACGGUGAGGGAGACUGAUAGGCCACAGGCUUCUGAGAGGCAACCUUCACCUGAGACAUGGCGGAAGCCUGUGGAGCAGCAGCCAAAAGCAUCUCCAGGUGCUACUGGCAUACGGUACGGUAGAGCAGCUUCGGCCGUUGAACUUGCACAAGCAUUCUCAAGAUCUGUAUCAGAUCCAAAAGUAAAUGAUAAGUUUUCAGGUCAAAGGGGGCUGAACACUGGUAGCAACAGGACUCAAGUGCCUUUUUCACGGCUUGUUGGUCCUACAUCAAGGCCUCAGAUCAAUGGCUAUUAA